ACCAGCGUGCCUUUGGUUUGUUCGGUCCUGAAAGUGGAAUAUUACUAAGGAAGAUUUCUGAAGGAUAGCAAAAUAAGUCUGAUUCAGGAGAGGAAACAUAGAUGUGAAGUUUGAUGAUUUCCACACAGAACUGUCUUGGGGCAGUCUGGAUUUAUGGGCUAAAGUCUGCAGGUGCUCCUGCUGAUUCAGACAGUGACAUACUGCUGAAAUUGCGAUAGCAGUGAUACCUGUUACUGUGCACGCUGCAUGAAUCAAGUGGCUGAACUGCCUCCUGAUACAAUCAGCGCUUUCAGUUUACUCCAUCUGUAUAUGCAGUACAAGUUCCUGUUUAUUUCACAGCGUGUGUUUGUAUAAUCAGUGUUCACAUCUUCGGUUCGCGUGCUUUGUCCUGAAGGACAAGCCACAGGGCAGAUGGUCAAGGAAAUGAAUGCGACUUUACUGUGUGAUGGGUGCUGGGACACUCUUGAUGCACUUGUGUGCGUGGGGAUGGUUCCCGUUCACUGCGUGAACCUGUGACCCAAAACAGCGUCCCGGCUGGAAUGUGCAGGCGGUGCAGACGCUGCUGCCACCCACGGCUCUUACGGGACAUUGCCCUGAGUGCAGUGGAAAGGUUGAGACUACUUUGCUGCCAGGUACCGGCUUCCAUGUGCAAGAUAAAUGAGGAGCUCAGUGUGGGACCCUUAAAGCAGAUUGAGACAUAGACUUUGGCUAUAUUUUUCACACCUGCGUGAAGCUAGAAGUCCAAGCGGAUGCCUGUGCCGCCGCCGCCACCUCCUCCUCCGCCACCUCCACCACCACCACCACCUUCUGGAGGGCCCCCUCCACCACCACCUUCUGGAGGGCCCCCUCCACCACCACCACUGGCAAGCUCAGAGAUACCAAAAUUGCGAAAGGAGGACCAAAAAGCACGAAACGCACUCUUGGCUGAUAUCCAGCAGGGAACUCGCCUGAGGAAAGUGACUCAAAUCAACGACCGCAGUGCACCACAGAUUGAAAAACCCAAAGAAGCUAACAGAGAUGGCGGUAACACAGCUGUUAAUAAAGGUGGCUCUCCACAGCCUCUGGGAGGUUUAUUUGCUGGUGGCUUUCCUGUUCUCAGACCAGCAGGCCAGAGGGACAUGACAGGGAGGUCUGGGCAGCUCUCCGGAGUCCGAGCAGCAUCCCCCAGACCCUCCGCACCGGCGAGCAGCGGCGCUGCCAAGGCGAACAGCAACCCCUCGCACCCGGCCGAGGGCCCAAGGGCAGCUGUCCCACCGGACGGUGCCGACGUGCCCCCUCCGCUGCCCCCCAAGUCUCCACACUUGCUGUCACAGUUCCACAAGCCGAGCAAUAUCCAGUCGCUGCCGCUCCCACCCACCCCCGGCCCCCCUCAGCCCGCAGCCGUGGUGGAGACGAGGAAGAAGAGACCCGGCAGAGGCGCAGAUGACUUUGAAUCAAAAUUUACUUUCCAUUCUGUGGAAGAUUUCCCCCCACCUGAUGAAUUCAAACCAUUUCAAAAAACAUACCCCAGCAAGAUAGCCAGAGGCAAAGUGGAUAUUUGCCAUUUCUGUGAUAGACUGCCUUUACCCAGCAACUACAAGGCCUUUGGAUGA